AUGGCCAAGAAAGAAUCAAGAGGUCGACAAAAAAUAAAAAUGGCUAGAAUAAAAAAUCCAAGUCAUAGACAAGUAACUUUUUCAAAAAGACGUUUGGGUCUCUUUAAAAAGGCUAGUGAAAUAUGUACUCUUUGUGGUGUGGAAGCCAUUAUCAUUGUGUUCUCUCCAGGGCAAAAAAUCUUCUCUUUUGGGCACCCAAGUGUGGAAGCAAUCGUGAAUCGUUACCUUAGUCGUAAUCCAUCGUGUCCUCCUCAAAUAUCAAGUAGCAAUGCCAAAAACAAAAAGGAAGAUGGUGAUGGUAUUGAACAAUUACAAAGCUCUACUAUGAACGAACUCAACUCGCAACUAACUAAAAUAUUUGAUCUCCUUGAGGCUGAAAAGAGUAGGGGAGAAAGUUUGAACAACUUAAGGAGAAGUUUCGGGUCUGGAUUUGGGUCUGAUUCUAGGUCUAGGUCUAGCCAAUGCCAAUGGUGGUGGGAGGCACCUAUUGAUACCCUUAGGUUGCAUGAACUUGAGAUUUUAGGUGCUUCUAUGGAGGAUCUUAACAAAAAUAUAGCUAAUCAAGCUAUUGUUUUGGAGAAAACAAAUUCCCAACAUCUCAUCAAUCAAACUUUUUCCUAA